GAUAGAGUAUACUGUGCCUUUUAUGGUCCUUUCUUCGGAGUUUUCGGUGUUGAUAUUAUUGUUAAAAAAGCUUGUUAUUAACGAUCUUAGACAAAAGAUCAGGGCUUCUGAGCAUCUAUUCGAGUGAAACGAAAAAUGGUUGAAACGAAUGAAAGACUCCGUUACGAUAACAAAAUCAUUCUCGCGCCUAUGGUCCGCAUUGGAACACUUCCCAUGCGGCUUCUGGCUCUCGACUAUGGCGCCGAUAUCGUCUACACCGAGGAACUUAUCGACUUUAAACUGUUGCGAUCCGUACGCCGAGAAAAUGAUGUUUUGGGCACGAUCGAUUAUGUGGAUCGUACUGACGGGACGAUCGUCUUUCGCACGUGCAACCGUGAACGAGAUCGCGUGGUUUUGCAACUGGGUACGAGCGACGCUGGAAGAGCCCUAAAAGUGGGAAAGAUGGUUGAGAACGAUGUUGCUGGAAUUGACAUUAACAUGGGAUGUCCAAAAAAAUUUUCCAUCAACGGUGGAAUGGGUGCCGCACUUCUGAAGGAUUCGGAGAAGGCCAAAGCAAUUCUGAAAACGUUGGUCGACGCUCUCAGCAUUCCCGUUACUUGUAAAAUACGAGUAUUUUCAGAUGUCAACAAAACUCUCGAUCUCUGCGACGUCCUCGUCUCUUCUGGAAUAUCAGCGAUAACGGUGCACGGUAGAACGGUCGACGAGCGACCCCAACAUCCCAAUCGCAACGAAACGAUCAGCAGAAUUGCAAAGCAUCUGAAGAUUCCUGUGAUCGCGAAUGGCGGCUCGAAGGACAUUGAGAAACAUAAAGACAUUUUGAAAUUCAAAGAAGACACGGGAGCCAGUAGCGUCAUGCUGGCCCGAGCUGCGCAAUGGAAUUGCUCCAUUUUUCGUAAACAAGGAUUACUCCCUAUGGAGGACGUCAUCCAAGGCUAUUUGAGAUAUUCUAUUGAUUAUGACAAUGCACCUUCGAAUACGAAAUAUUGUGUGCAAAAUAUUAUCAGAGAUCUGCAGGAAUCGCCACUGGGAAAAAAAUUCUUGGCUACUCAGACGCUCGAACAAAUCUGUGAUGUUUGGGGCAUGGGCGACUACUGCAGACAAAAAAGUGAAGAAUUCCAGAGGAAAGGGCUCCAGGGUCGUUUCCACGUGGAACCGGCGUCGAGAGAUGACGAGGAGAAUGGACUGGGUACUUCGAAACGCAAGUUUGACGAUGACGAAUUGACAGUGAUGCGGUGCGCAUAUUUGAAAAAUAAUUAUUCCGCGGAUGAUGAACUACCGAAAACUCGAUUGUAUCGAUGGAUUCGUGAAAAUAAGAAAAAAAUGGCGGAAUACGACACCUGGUACGAGGAUAAAUUGUUUCGGUCUGUCGUCACUGUUGAUGGCAAAAAAUAUAGCUCGACAUUCUGGGAAAAAAAUAAAAAGUGGGCCGAACAAGGAGCUGCUCUCGUCUGCUUGUGCGCAUUGAAUAUUAUUGACAAAGAAACUCUGCGAAAAAGUGGGAACCUGCUUGGAUCCGAUUGCAAUGAAGCAAAUGCCUUGAUUGCAAAAAAACAAAAAUCCACGUGACUUGGAGCAGCGUUGUAAAUCCCUUGGCAAAAAAUUCUAUUUUCAAUAAACAAACAUCUGAUCGUGUUAACUAUUUUCCGAAA